CAAGAAUGGACGAGGCCGUUGUCUCAUCAACGUUUCAGGAUAAUGGUUCAUCUGACAUCUCUCGGAUGGACGAGAAGGCCGGAUGCUUAGAUGCAACGACAUACACGGGAGUUAGCAAACCAGUGACUAAACUAGAGCCAUGGUCAGGCCAAGCAGUGAAAGCACCGCGAAAUGAUAUGAUAGGGCAUCUUUCUGCGCCACCGGUACAUUUUACAGACGGCGAUGAAGGGAACCCAAGGAACUGGACUGCUAAGAGAAAGGCGGCAAUUGGGACGUUCGUCAUUGCGGCAGGUUUUGUUGCGACGCUUGGGACUCCGAUCUAUAUUGCAGCAGUUCCAAACAUUGCAGUCGACUUCCGUAUAGGCAUCACUCUUGCAAUCCUCCCCAUCUCUCUCUACGCCUACGGCCUCGGCGUCGGUGCUCUGAUCGCUUCUGCGGCGUCAGAGAUAUUUGGCCGUGUCAUCGUCUAUAAAGUCACUCUACCCCUCUCGCUCAUGUUCACCAUUGCCGGUGGGGCUGCUCACAAUUACUCGACUUUGGCCGCUGCAAGAUUUCUUGCUGGAACGCUGGCAGGACCAUGUGUCUCAUUAGGAGGUGGCGUGAUGAAUGAUCUCUGGAACCUCAGCCUUGAAAAGACGGGCACGACGUUCGGACUCCUGUAUGCACUCGGAGUUAUGUAUGCAACGCAGACAGGACCUAUGAUCAGUGGGAGUCUGCUCACAUAUCAUUCUUGGCGGUGGACGUUUUGGUUAUCAGCCAUUUUGAUGGGGACUCUAUCCGUAGUGGCUUUCCUGAUUCCUGAAACAUAUGCGCCUGAAAUCUUGAGAAGUCGCGCGAAGAAGGAGAAUUUACCAGUCAUGAAACGAGGAGACUCAUGGGGGGUAUUUCUGGCAUCAAUCGGUAGGCCUCUACAUAUGAUCAUGGUUGAACCAUUUGUACUACCAAAUGGACUCGUACUUGCUGUCACCCAAUCAGUUGUCUUUGCAUACUACGUCAUUUACGCAAUCCUUUUCGAACAAGUAUAUCACUUUAGUCAAUACCAAGCCGGAUUGACCUUCGCACCAUUACUCGUCGGAGGGCUCGUCGCCGUUCCAGUGAUGGGACUUUUCGACCGAUUAACAUAUCAGACAGCGAGAGCUGAAGCCAUUCGAUCUGGUACUGAGGUUCAACCCGAGAAGAGACUGUACCCCGCAAUGUUGAGUGUGAUACUCUUUCCAAUCUCAUUAUUUUGGCUCGCAUGGUCAGGUCGCUCCUCAGUCCACUGGAUUGUUCCAGCGCUGUCAGGCAUAUUGUUCGGCUUAGCAUACGUUCUCAAUAUAGUAGCCCACUUCUUCAUCACCUGCCCGACAGAUCUCACAGCUAACAGUAACCAGUUGUCUAUCUCAAUCUAUAAUAAUGAUGUCUACGCUGCUCAUUACGGCGCAUCAGUUCUUGCAGCCACAACCUUCUUGCGCUUCUCAAUCUCAUCAUCGUUCCCUCUUUUCACGCCACAGAUGGUCCACAGCAUUGGUUUUGCGUGGGCAACGUCAUUAAUUGCAUUUAUCACUAUAGCUAUGAUUCCCAUUCCGUGGGUGUUUUUCCAGUGGGGGCCGGUGUUGAGGAGCAAAAGUCGGUAUUUACAAAACCGAGCGCUGUGAGUUCCUAUAACUUUCGAGACUUGUUGGAGAUGGAGUCUCACUUGCGUAAAUGGAAUAGUUUGUGUUGUACAGAUGAAGAAACAUUUGAAAAAUUGGACUAUACUUAAGGGAGUUAGAAAUAGUGCGUGCUUAUUAUAAACCUGGCUUGAAAGAACUCCUAGUUGAAUGUUAGCUAGAGUCGCGUUUGAACCUCAGAGCAGAGAUCCAAGAUGGCCGCAUCGGAAAUCGAAGAAAUACAAAGCGUCGG